AUGGCGGCUUCCGCGGAUGGUGUCGUGCCCGUGCCAGGGCAAUGCGUCGGCGGCAACGGCCACGUCGAUGUCGGCAACGACCAUGAUGACCACGACCACGACCACGACCACGACCACGACCACGAUGAUGCACCGGACAUGGACAUGCUCUCCCGCUCUCUGCCGACGGCUGGACCCUUUCUCGAGCCCGAGUCAGCAGACGUCGCCGUUCUGCGGCCGGUGACAUCGAACCAGCCGUGCACCACCAGCCCCGGCCGCAACCGCAGCCACGAUGACAUUGACGGCCAAGGCCAAGGCCAAGGCCAAGGCCACGGCGGCGUUCCGAAUGGCCACUCACCGUCUGAACGAUCACCGCUUCUCCGUCCACGUGCGUCCGUCUCUGGGCUUUCCGCAGCCUCCGGCCUGACCGCUGCCGAUGCCGAUGCCGCUGCCGAUGCCGACGCCGACGCCGACGCCGUCCUCUUCCUGAGCGACACGUCCUUUUCACGCUUCUGGUACAUCUUCUCGCAGGUUCUGCUGGUGCACUUCAUCGGGUGCUUCGACGGCACCAUCAUGGCCUCGUCUCAUCCCGUCAUCACAUCCUACUUUGGCGCCGCCAACUCGGCGUCCUGGCUGUCCACGGCGUUCCUCCUGACUUCUACCGCCUUCCAGCCGCUGCUGGGACGCCUGUCUGACGCCCUGGGCAGGAAACCCUUGUUCCUGGGGUCCUUGGCCAUCUUCGGCCUCGCCACGCUGUGGUGUGCCCUGGCGGACAGCAUCCAGGCCUUCAUAGCGGCGAGAGCAUUCUGCGGACUUGGUGCGGGAGGGGGUAUGACGGUCGGGAGCAUAAUCACGAGUGAUUUGAUCCCAAUCGAACGGCGAGGAGCGUACCAGUCGUACAUGAACAUCGUCUACGGAGCGGCCUCUGCCCUUGGGGCUGCUCUCGGCGGCGCAAUGGCCGAAGCAAUCGGCUGGAGGUGGAUGUUUGGCAUCCAGAUCCCUCCCCUGGUGAUUGGCUUGUGCAUCUCGGCCACGGCCAUACCCGAUGACCUGGGCAUCGUGGGCGAGAGAAAGACGGUCACGCAAGCCAUCCGAGAGUUUGAUGCCAAAGGGUCGCUGCUCUUGACUGUUGCCAUUUCCUUUCUCAUACUUGGACUGAAUCUCGGUGGCAAUGUGAUGCCAUGGUCUCAUCCUUUCGUCAUUGCCUCGCUCGCCAUCUUUGCAGUCUGCUUUCCGGCAUUCAUAUCCAUCGAGUCUCGCGUCUCCAAGCCCAUCAUGCCGCUGCGUCUCAUCCAGGAAUCUCCGCGCUCCAAUCUCAUCUACUCCAAUGGCAUUGCCGCCUUGCUCUCCAACGCCAUCUUCUUCAACAUUCCGCUCUACUUCCAGGCCGUCCUUCUCAUGUCCGCCACCGACUCGGGCUUCCGCCUGGUCGCACCCACCCUCGUCUCCUCCUUCUUCGGGGCCCUCACCGGCUUCGCCAUUACAUGGACGCGCCGCCUCAAGUGGCCCCUCGUCUGCGGAGCGACCGGCUACCUCAUCGGCACCGUCUGCCUCUUCUCCCUGCGCCGGAACCUGCCGUCCGUCGCCUACUUCCUCACGCUGCUCCCGUCGUCCAUCGGCGGCGGCUUCAGCUUCCCGGGGACCUUCAUGGCCAUCCUGGCCUCGUCGCCGCAGUCCGAACAGGCAGUCGUGUCGAGCACGCUCAUCCUCUGGCGCAGUCUGGGCAUGGUCCUCGGCAUAGCCAUGAGCAGUCUGCUGCUUCAGAAUGCCCUCGUCUUUUAUCUAGACGACUACGUGAGUGGCGAGCUGAAAGAGGGCGUCAUUCGCCGCGUGAGGGCGUCGGUCGAGGCCGUGGCCCAGUUGGAUGAGCCGUACAGAGAGCAGGUCAUCCAGGCAUACGAGGCGUCGCUCCGGUUGACAUUUGGAUUUUGCAUCUUCAUGGCCGCCGUUUCUGUGGCCCUUGUCGUGCCCAUGAAGUUGAAGAGAUUGCCUGCCAGGAAGCACGUCAAGAACCACAGCGUCAGUUGA